UGUGGAAGCCCCAGUAAUCCAACUCUUCAGAGUUCACCACGUUCCCGACUCGAGUCAAGUGAGUCCAAGAUCAAGCCUGUCCCUGCCGGACACACGACAAGGCACACCCUCCCACCGGACACCAUCCAGGCUUAUUAUUUCUCACCUGCGGCUGCGAAUAAAGUACGUGUCGCGAUCAGCCAGCUUUUCUAUCUCAGCCCGCCCCCUCCCUCUAUUCCUUCGUCCUUCUUCAAAACCCUUUCCCAACUGCAGUCCUCCCCCCCCCAAUCCUAUCCUGUCCUGUCACAGGCCAUCCUUGCCAGAUAAAAAUUCGCCGACGACAAGUCUUGAACGCCUCAGUUGCGCUUUGAUCGUCACCAUGGGUUUAUCUGACGGCCUUGUCAUCCUCAUCUGUAUCCUGAUUGCCGGCCUCGUUGUCGCGGCAGGCGCCGCACUUCAUCAAGUGGUGGAUCGAAGGCGAGCCGGCUCCAGUUCAGGAGAAGGGAUAUUACCCUUUACGAAUGAACAAGAACAUUAUAUGAGGCAAGUUCGGUCGAGAAACUAUGCCCAACUCUUCGGUGGAAGACAGCCAGCCUAUUAUCCUUCGCACGAGACAACUGUCACCACAACCACGCACGCUUGAAGAAAUGUGGGAUUAAACAUCGCAUCGCAUCGCGACUUGAUCGUACGGUCAAGAUCUCAAGAGCCUGGAUUACUCAAGAUGUGACAUUAUCCACUCCUUUCGGCGCAUUUUCGAGGGAACACCGCAUGAACCAUAUAAACGGACGGGCAAAGUGACACCACCCACGCCUCUCGAGCCAGGCUGCGGCCAGUGGACGAGACUUGAGACUUGAGCAUCGUGUUUUUGUCUGAUAGCCACGGUGCUCUACCAUCGAUUGGCCAAGGCAUUCAGCGCCGCACCUAGACCAUUUUACCGGCCUGUCGUCUGCCCUCCACCACUCUAUCGUUACCCCUUCGAGCCACCAACUCACCCUCGGCGUUCUCCUGGGGUUGUGCUCAUGUUAUAUCAAUGAGGCUGCCACGUUCAAACCCUGGAGGGGUUCUUCUUAGUGGGACCAGACCUCGACAAUGUGGACAGAAACAUCGCCGCCGUUUAUUUUCUAGAUGUCAACCUCCGAUUUUCAAGCACUCGUCUGCACGGCAGAGCAAAGGGUCAUGUUUGAUAUGUCCAACAGCGGGGCUCAAGAAGACAUCGAGCGCUCAAGCAUGUGCUCUCGGGCGGCGGCUCGCUUUGUCUUGUCUUAGUGACAAGGCAUGAAGCCCAAGCCACUACAGGAAACCGAACCGUAUUGCGAAAAACACAGACACUAUGGUCGGUCCCACUUUACACAUUCCGAAACUCCUAUGAUGAGGUAACGAACUACAAAUCGAGCACACUUGCACGAUAUCCGUCCAGUCCCACGAAAAUAACCUCCCUUACCUUUACGACUCUCCUUAUCAUCAUUGACCGCACGAUGUUAUCUACCGAAGAAUUAAAAUUGGGCAUGUUAGGGUGGCUCCACUUCCACAUGUACCGAGGCGGAGAGCGGCAAUCUGAUGAACUUGUCUGCUUUUUCCUUUUACACACACUUCUCAGCCUCUCCCUCCUGUUUUAGACAUUACACUUAUCACCCCCGGUCGAAUACGAGUUUACGCUGUAUGAAGGAUUAAGAAUUUAGGAAUAAGGAACGAAAGAACAAAUUUUUCCUUUUGUGUGCAAGGAACCGAGUUUCCUCGUCUGGGAAAAAGGCAAUCACUGUGUCUUUUUUUUCUCCAGCGCGCAUGUGGUAGCGCGCUUGGUAUGGACGGAUGGUCGGAAUCAGCAUUCCCAUGUUUGAGAUAGAAGAUAGAAAUACGAUCACGCAUACGAAAUCG